AGGACUUGAGGAGGCGUCGGAGCAAGAAGGUGUCGCGAGUCCCUUUUCUAUGGGUCUUCUCUGAUGAAGCUGAGCCUGAUCGUAAUCGACGGAGUUAUAAUAGGGGUUGAUGAUAGGAUUAUUACGAGGCCUUUCCUGUUGAUUGUUAUGGCCGCUGUGGCAGAGGACAAAGCAGGAUAUGUGACAGGUAGGAGUUAUGGUGGAGCAGCAUCCAAUUCUUCUAAUGAAAUGGAAUAGUAUCGGUUUCAUGACAGCAAUGAGGUGGGUCAAAAUACGACAAUUCUGAACCUCGUUACGCAAUUGUGAAGCCUGUUAUAAUUGAGAGAAACAGCAGCAAGCAAUGGGGAGCCUGCGUAAACUUGAGGCCUCCAUCGUUUCCCUCGUAUCAACUCGAUGCACCAGCAUGUGCCACCUCAAACAAAUCCAUGCCUUUGUCUUCCGGAGGCCUGUCCUGUUACGCAGCAACCUUGUACUCGCCAAGAUGCUCAGGUUCGCUGCAGUCUCGCCCUCGGGCAACCUCAGUCACGCACGCCUCAUGUUCGAGUUCAUUGGCCAGGCACCUAACCUCUUCUUCUGGAACACCAUCAUCAGAGGCUAUGCAAAGAGCACCACCCCACAAGAAACAAUUAUGCUCUUCAGGUUGAUGAGGAGGAGAUCAGUUGCGCCCGACGGUUUCACAUUCAAUUUCCUUAUCAAGGCCUGCUCUAGGAGGGCAACCGUCUCAGCAGUUGAAGGGGAGGUCAUUCAUGCUCAGGCCUUGACCCAAGGAUUCCAUUUGCACCUCUUCGUGCAGAACCCCUUGAUCCACUUCUACUCUGUAUCUGGCUAUCUGGACUGUGCUCGCCAAGUUUUCAAUGAAGUGACCCGACGAGAUGUUGUCUCGUGGUCGUCUUUAGUGGUGGGCUACGUAAGGAACAGGGACCUUGAUUCAGCAAAGGAGUUGUUCCUUGAAAUGCCCGAGAGAGAUGUGGUCUCGUGGACAGCUCUAAUAGCCGGCUACGCCCAGAACAAGCAGCCCAAAGAGGCCCUUGAGUUGUUCCAGCAGAUGCAGGUCGCAGGCGUGAAACCAGACGAGGUGACUUUGAUCAGUGUUAUCUCUGCCUGUGCUCAGUUGGGGGACCUCGAGCUCGGUUCGAGUAUUCACAGCUACAUCAAUGAGAAAGGGUUCUGGUGGAUGAUCUCUCUCUGUAACGCCCUCAUUGACAUGUAUGCCAAAUGCGGCUGCAUCCACAGCGCCAAACAGGUAUUCGAUGUGAUGCCUCGGAGGAGCCUCUUGACAUGGAAUUCAACCAUUAAUGCGCUUGCAAUCCAUGGAUGUGGAGAGGAGGCUCUACAGUUGUUUAGUAAGAUGGAAGGGAAGUCUGGAAUGCGCCCUGAUGGGGUGACAUAUUUGGCAGUCCUGAGUGCUUGCGCUCACAUGGGGUGGGUGGAAGAGGGGCAGAAGGUGUGGGAAAGGAUGAGAAAGGAGGAUAUAGAGGCUUGCAUAGAGCACUAUGGGUGCAUGGUGGACAUGCUAGGCCGGGCCGGAAAGUUGGAAGAGGCAUAUGAGAUGAUAGAGUGCAUGCCCAUUCCCUGCAACGAUGUAGUGUGGGGUGCAUUGCUCGGUGCCUGUAGGAUACAUGGGGACGUCGGCAUGGGAGAGCGUGUGGUGCAAAGGUUGCUGGAAUUGAAGCCAGACGAAGGUGGGUACUACGUCCUCCUCUCCAACAUAUAUGCGGCUGCGGGGAAGAGCUCAGAGGCCACAGAAGCGAGGGAGUAUAUGAGACACCGAGGAGCCAAAAAGACUCCAGGAUGCAGUUGGAUUGAAACAACCGAGGCCUUUGCUUCUCCCUCCUCGAUGUCCAUGAGGCUAUUACAACAACAUAUUUUCUUUUUGUUAGAAAAAUGUAACUCAAUGAGAGAGCUUCAGGAGAUCCAUGCCCAGAUUAUAACAAAUGGUUUCUCACAUAAGAAAUUCCUCCUCGCCAAGCUUGUGUCCUUUUGCUCGACCUCUUCCUCGGGGAACUUGGCCUACGCUUACCGAGCUUUCAACAUGAUCCACCAACCCACCCUUCCAAUCUGGAACCAUAUCAUCAGAGGCUUUGCCCUAAUCGGCAACAUUGGCAUGUCCCUCUCACUCUUCGACCGUAUGCGGGAAUUGGAAGCCCAGCCUGACAGCUUCACCUAUUCUUUCCUCCUCAAGGCUUGUGCAUUCUCAAUGGAAGCAGGACUGGGCCAGGAGAUACACGCAAGGGUCAUCCACAAUGGCUUGGCAUCGAGUAGUGUCUUUGUGCAAACAAAUCUUAUUAAUAUGUAUGCAACUGGUGGCGAAUUAGAAGAUGCACGCCACAUCUUCGAUGGGAUGCUAGAGAGAAAUGUGGUGUCGUGGAAUGCAAUGCUUGCUGCUUAUGCGAGGUCGGGUGGUUUAGAUGAAGCAUGGAGGCUGUUUGAUGAGAUGCCCGAGAGAAACGUGGUGUCUUGGACCACCAUGAUUGCUGGUUGCUCACAAACAGGUCACUCUAGGCAAGCCCUUGCGCUGUUCCGCCAAAUGCAGCAUGCCCAUAUAGAAGCAGAUCAGGUCGUCAUGGUGAGCGUGCUCUCUGCAUGUGCAGAGCUGGGUGCUCUGGACUUGGGGAAGUGGAUCGAUGCAUACAUCAGCGGGAAGGGGAAGAGUGGGUGGGGAUCUCAGAGGCUGGUAUCUCUAGACAAUGCCCUCAUACACAUGUAUGCAAAGUGUGGUGUCAUUGAGAGAGCGCGUCUUGUUUUUGAAGAGAUGCAGGCGAGGACCCCUGUGUCUUGGACCACCAUGAUCAAUGGGUAUGCAAUUCACGGGCUUGUUGGGGAAGCCGUCACCAUUUUUCAGGGGAUGGAAAAGCAUGGGUUCAAACCUGAUCAUAUAACCUUCAUUGGCAUUCUGUAUGCAUGCGCUCAUGCCGGUUGGGUCGACAUGGGUCGGAAGUACUUUAAGUGCAUGUCCCCUCUAUAUAGCAUUGAGCCGAGGGUUGAACACUAUGGAUGCAUGGUUGAUCUGCUUGGGCGGGCAGGUCACCUGGAUGAAGCGUAUCGCCUCAUAGAGAGCAUGCCAAUGGAGCCCAAUGAUGUGGUCUGGGGUGCUUUGCUCACACGUUGCAGGAUUCACAAGGACCUCGAGCUUGCCAUGCGUGUGGUGGGUCAUCUCCUUGAGCUUGAUCCUGGCAAUGCAGGUUAUAUGGUGCUCUUGUCAAAUAUUUAUGCUCUUGGUCAGAGGUGGGGCGAUGCUACGAGAGUGAGGGAAGAGAUGAAAGAGAGGGGGAUUAAGAAGCCUGCAGGGUGCAGCUGGAUAGAAGUGAAGGGGGUGGUGCAUGAGUUCACAAUGGGGGAUCGGUCUCAUAAGCAUGCAGAUGCCAUUUAUGAGAUGGUCGAAGAGAUGAGGAGGCGGGCAAAGUUUGUGGGGUAUGUACCGGACUCAUCUGAGAUGCUGUUGGAUGUGUUGGAUGGAGAAGAGAGGGAGGAGCUGUUGUGGCUUCACAGCGAAAAACUGGCCGUGGCCUUUGGGUUGCUCAGGGUGCCCAGGGGGAUGGCAAUAAGGAUCGUGAAGAACCUUCGUAUAUGCAGGGAUUGCCACACUAUGGCAAAGAUCAUUUCGAAAACUUUUGACAGGGAGAUGAGCAUAAGGGAUAGGAAUCGUUUCCAUCAUUUCAAGACCGGCUUCUGUUCAUGCAACGACUAUUGGUGAGCGAGAAUAACCCUGUUUCUUAGGUGACAUUCACUUUAAAAUUCUUUUAUGGAUACAGAGAACAACGCGAGUAAUUUUCAGUA